CUAUCAUCUCCAUCAUCGACCCAGCACCUGCCGCCGCAUCUCCUUCAUCCUUUGCGCCGGUCCAGCACUCGGGUUCGCCCUCCGCCGCAGCCCUUCCCUGCCCCCCAGCGCAGCAGCUUCCCUGUUCUCGCUCCCCGUCCUCUCCUCGGCGUAGCUGUACUCGCACGACGUGUCGUCGAAGGAGAAGCUCCUGGAGGAGUAGCAGAAGCUCUCCGUUUCGUCGACGACGCCGUCUUCUCCUUCCUCCUCCUCCUUCUCGUCUCAGGGGCGACCACGGCGCUGGGUUUUUUUCACAUCCACAGGAGAUUGAUGGGUGAGGAGGGAAAAUAGACCAAGCUCUGAAUCGGAUUCCACACACCCAGCUUCUCUGCUCCCCAAACCCAGUUCCAUUGCGCACGUCGAGUGAUCAGCCCUACAGGCUGCGCAAGUUCAAGCUGCUGCUGGUUUAUGAGUAUGUGCGCCAGCCAGAUGUGGAGGUUGGUGUGGGAUUAAUGUUCUUCCAGCAAUUUGGGGGGACUAAUGCUAUUGCAUACUAUCCUAGUAUGCUAGGUCCAUUUUUGAGGCAGUUGGUAAUCAACUUUAAUCAUCACCUUCAUCAGGUCAUCAACAGAUCCAGUUUUCCCUAAUGAAAAUUGACACUCUUUAUGGAUUAAUUGUAAGGUGAUUUUGACUUUUUAGAUGUAAUUUGCAUUUUUUUUAUUUGAUUUGGAUUUAUCGUAAGGUAAUUUAGAAUUUUUAGAUGUAACUUUAAUUUUCUGGAAUUAAUUUUGAGUUUUUCGAAUUAAUUAGGAAUUUUGUUAUAGGAAU